CGAUGUACGUUGUUUGUGGUACAUCCAUUGUAUAUAUCCGACUUGGGAAUACACAAAUUGUUUAAUUUUCUAAAAUGUUUUUCAAAUUUCAUAGUUUCACUUAUAGUUCACAGAAAGAGUGUGUUUAUUAUUAAUUAAUUAUUGUAUUGUUAUUUUAUCAACACAUGGAAUGUGUAUCUAGAACAUGAAAACUCAAUUUCUUAUAUUAAAAAAUCUAUGAAUAGAAGAAGUGAAGUAAACUUCUAAUUGACUAUAGAAAUGGUCAGCCAACAUUAUAUUAUGGUAUCAGGGAAGGAAAUUAAUUUUGAUCAUGAGAAUAGCGAAGAACUCUUACGUUAUUCAAAACAAGAAAUUACGGACGCUUUGGAGAUUUGUCGUCGUAUACUGAUAACGCAGAAUCUUGUAGAAGGGCUACCUAACGAAACAAUAGGAAGAAAAUCACAAUUGAUUGGCGAAGAAAUAACAAAGGCCGUAAUAAAGGUUUUGAAAGAUUUUAUUUUUGAAAACGAAGAAGACUGCUAUUUAGAAAAUGAAGACAUUCCUGAAAACGAUAUAAUUGGCGAUGUAGGACAAGAUUCGCCAACUAAUAGUAAAGGAGAAGAUUCACCAGAUAUUAAUAUAUCGUCUUCAAGUUCAUCAUCAGCAGGCGACAGUUUCCAAGAACAUGAACCUAAAAAAUCCAGAAUUUUGGAUUUUGUACCUCUUGAUAAAAAACUUAAAAUAAUUAAUAUUGCCAGACAACACCCGAAAUGGAGUCUGCAAACGUUGCAACGUCAUGGAUGCCAAGAACUUCGGCGGAAGGACUACCUACAGCGGUGGAUAAAAGAAAUAAAAGAAGGAGUUGGAGUGAAGGAAUCAUUUGAAUAUAUUAACAAAUAUACGUACGAUCGCUUUACAGAAACUAGAAAUAACAAAAGACCUGUGACAACUAGACUGUUACAACAGUGGGCAUUAGCUGCUGCAUUACCGUUCCAGUCGAACAGCUUUCAUUUUACAGCAUCUGAAUCAUGGGUAAAAAAAUUUAAAAAUACCCAUAAGAUUGCCCUGUCGCACGAUACAUAAGAUCAAAAAAUGAAUUGAAUCUACCGAAAAUUUUACAAAAAGCGGAGAAAUUUCAAAGAAGAGUAUCAAAUUCUAUAAAAUAUUUUGAGGCCCAAUAUGUAAUAAAUACGGAUAAAAUGGAAUAUACGCUGCGAAUAUACGCAGAAGCUUAUCAUAUGAAGGAAAAAAGGCAGUAGAAGUUUACUUAGGAGAUUUUAUAAAGUCACGCACAGUUAUACGGUUCAAUAUGCUUUAACAGUAGCAGGUACUCCUUUGCCACAAAUUUUUCUGUGCAUGCAAGAAACGAAAGGAAAUUUCGGACCUCGCAAAACAGUACAAGUGUUAAUGGAUCAGUAUAAAAAUGUAUUUAUCAUUGCAUCGAAAUCUAGGAAACUGACAUCAUUUUGUUGAUUUCGUAGAAAAUAUAAUAAGCCUGUAUUGUGAAAA